GCGCCUGGCACGCCGCGGAGCUGCUCCCGCGGUUGCUCGUGCCGCGCGUACCGUGCUGGGGGCCGCCCGACGCCGCGUUGCCUGGCUCUGACGCCGGCCCUGCGGGCCGGCAGGGCGCCACGGCCCGGCCCGGUCCGGCGCCGUACGGUGCGGUACAGCUCAGCUCGGCACGACGCGGCGCGGCGUGGUACGGAACGGGCCGUGUCGGCACGGCCUCGCGAGAGGGUGGCUGCGGUCCUCCGCGGCCGGCGAUGGGAGAUGGAAAGAGCCGGCGGUGCGGCAGAAGCACUUGUGUGGGAUAAUGAUGUAUCAGCGCACGCCCAGAUUGUUGCCAAGGCCAAAUAUGAAUUUUUAUUUGGCUUGGAAGAAGAGAAGCCAUCAGAAGUGGGUAGUGGCCAUGGAAGCAGCACUUUGGUCCCUCAUACCAUCAUCAAUGAAUUUCCAGAGUAUGGCACUGUAGAGCCCAGUGGUGAGGCACUGCAGGCUGUAUUGCUGCACCAGGCAGAGCCGGUGACAUGCAGUCCAGAAAGGCGGGACCAUCACCACCAGGUACCUGGCUGGCCCCUUCCUCAGCACACAGCUCCUGCAGACAAUUCAAGACCUGACACUGAGGCAGCACAGCUGCACACCACAGAAGAAGGCUUGCAAGCAGUUGAUAACCUGCUAGAGAUUAUGAAAAUCUCUCCAUGUCUGGAAGCAACAAAGGUGCAAGAGAAUGCAAAUACUUCUUUUGAUCCGGAGACACAAAUGGAAAAAAAUAUUACUGGCAGCCAAAAUGUGCAGGCAUCCAGAGAACCAGUUCCAACAAGCAAAGAAAAGCCCUCAGACGUAUUUCUUCCAUCUGAGCGAACAGCUGAGGAAAAAAUGCAAUUGAUUGUAGAAAAAGAUCUGCCUGCAACAUGGACUGGAGAAAAGCAGUCCGAGUCCUUGCAAGCCAUCAGUAAUGAAACUGAAGAGGUCCAUGCAGUGAAGAAUGCAAGCUGUCAUAGACCAUCUGUGACAAAGCUGGAAGCAAACAGUGAAGUGGAGGGUAGGGAGAGCUGUGAAGAGUUUUCAGCCAACAGUCAAGGCAAAAUGCAAAUGGGUUCUGAGAAGAGGCUCUCUAAAGAGGCAGCUGUGAGCAAACAUGUAGAAUUUCAAGGGGUUGAGAUUUUAUGGCUGCAAAAAGCUGAGGAGCAGAGAAGAAGGAAGCACUCUCUGCUGGAGACUGUGUCUGUGGAAAGGAAGAUGUUCCCCAAAAUAUCCAGCCACCCUGUGCCACCGGUGGUCUCUCCUGGCUUAAUCUCCUCACCGGACAGUGGUUGGAGUGAGGUCUGUGAGGACCCUAGGCCAGGAUCCAUUGCCUCUGGAGUCACUCCUCUGGCACUGCAUGAUGAAAGUGAGGAAGAUGAAGUUUUUGUGAAGGACAAGAACAACCACAGCAAGGAAGAGAUGGAUAUGCUAGCAGAAGGGCAGGGCAGGAUGAUGGAGGAGGAAGGAGCAGCCACAGGAGGAUAUGAAGAUGUCCUUGUGCAGAGGCACUCCGAUGUCUCCACUGAUAUGUACAGCUCACAGUUUGAAAACAUCCUAGACAAUGCAUCUUUAUACUACAGUGUGGAGUCGCUGGAGACAUUGUACUCAGAACCUGAUAGUUACUUCAGCUUUGAAAUGCCACUUACUCCCAUGAUCCAGCAGCGUAUGAAGGAGGGUGGCCAGUUUUUGGAUCGGACAUCAGCCUCAGGGCAGCCAGAUGUCCUGCAGGUUCCCCCUGGUGGGGGAGUGAAGAGCUGUGGUGAAGGCAUUGCCAAUGGCUUAAAGGAUGUAAGCGAAACACUCUUCAGAGGAGAUGUCACAGAAGUCCCUCAUUUGGAAAGCAAUGCGGAAAAGCAGAAUAUGGUGUUAGACUCCAGUGCUGCCAUGGGGAGUAAUGAACUUCAGGAGAAAGAUGCUACUAAAGCCCUUGGCCAUAAUCUCAGCAAUGGCAGCAGCAGUAAUUUGGAAGCAGCCAGGCGCCUGGCAAAGCGCCUCUACCACCUGGACAGAUUUAAACGCUCCGAUGUGGCAAAGCAUUUGGGUAAAAACAAUGAAUUCAGCAAGCUUGUGGCCGAAGAAUACCUUAAGUUUUUUGACUUCACAGGCAUGACACUGGACUACUCACUCAGGAGUUUCUUUAAAGCCUUCUCACUUAUUGGAGAGACUCAGGAACGAGAGAGAGUUUUAGUUCACUUCUCCCGCAGAUACUUCCAGUGUAAUCCAAACGCCAUUUCUUCUCAAGAUGGAGUUCACUGUCUCACAUGUGCCAUGAUGCUGCUGAACACAGACCUGCAUGGCCACAACAUUGGGAAAAAGAUGACCUGCCAAGAGUUUGUAGCUAAUCUCCAGGGGAUGAAUGAUGGCAAAGACUUCCCAAAAGGGCUUUUGAAGAAACUUGCUUCAUAUAAAAGGAGAAAUCUGAAAUCUGUGCACUUAUCUCAAGCCCAGGGCCUCUACAAUUCAAUCAAGAAUGAGAAGCUGGAAUGGGCAGUGGAUGAAGAAGAGAAAAAAAAAUCUCCCUCAGAUGGUACAGAUGAAAAGGAUAAUGGGAACCAGACAAAGGCUGUCAGUAGAAUUGGCAACUCAAAUAACCCAUUCGUGGACAUCCCACAUGACCCCAAUGCUGCUGUGUAUAAAACUGGAUUUCUGGCUCGGAAAAGCCAUGCAGAUAUGGAUGGGAAGAAAACUCCCCGGGGAAAACGAGGCUGGAAAACCUUUUAUGCUGUGCUGAAGGGAACAGUCUUGUACUUGCAGAAGGAUGAAUAUAAGCCAGAAAAGGCUUUGUCAGAGGAAGAUCUGAAGAAUGCGGUUAGUGUGCAUCAUGCACUGGCAUCCAAGGCAACAGACUAUGAGAAGAAACCCAAUGUCCUCAAGCUUAAAACAGCAGAUUGGAGAGUCCUACUUUUCCAAGCCCAGAGCCAAGAAGAAAUGCAUACCUGGAUCAACAAGAUUAACUGUGUAGCUGCUGUCUUCUCUGCACCACCAUUUCCAGCAGCAAUUGGCUCUCAGAAGAAGUUCAGUCGCCCACUGCUGCCAGCCACCACAACAAAGCUAUCUCAGGAUGAACAACUGAAGUCCCACGAAGCUAAGCUGAAGCAGAUCUCUACUGAGCUUGCUGAACAUCGCUCCUAUCCUCCUGACAGGAAGCUCAAAGGCAAGGAAAUAGAUGAUUACAAAUUGAAGGACCACUAUCUGGAGUUUGAGAAAAAUCGCUAUGAGAUUUACAUUGGCCUCCUGAAAGAAGGGGUAAAGGAGCUUCUCAGCGGAGGUGAGAAUGAGGCACCAGGACUGAAGAAAUCCCACUCAAGUCCUUCAUUGAAUCAGGAGUCUCCAGUUAGUGCCAAGGUGAAACGCAAUGUCUCGGAGAGGAAGGACCACAGGCCAGAAACACCCAGCAUUAAGCAGAAGGUCACUUAGUGUGGAAAUAACAACUAGGGGAACAGCCAUGCAGCAAAGUACCGGUGGUCAAAUUUUUUUCAUUUAAUAACCUGUCAUUCAUAAGAACAAGUGCAUCUGCCUGAAUGGGGUGUUAGUGACAUUUUCUAUUGUAUAUUUUGCUGUUUCUGUGCAGAUUGUGGGAGAUGUCUUUGCUCCUGCUUUGCUUUGCUUUGUUAAUUUAUCAUUUAGCAGUUGAAGCAUUGGGACGUUUUUUUGUGUUGUUCUGUUUCUAAAGGAGCUGGGGGAGGGGUAGAGCUCUGUGAUGAAUAUUCUCUCCCUUCCCUGUUGGCAUGUGGCUUUCAUCUCUCAAGUCACUUGUCACUUUAUUUAUGUGGUGAGUGAGAAAAGUAACUGGACAAAUGCUGCAGUUCUGUGAGUGCAAGCUGUAGUUGUGAGAAGAGCUGUGCAAAUGGGCAGCUGCAGAAGGAUGGCUAGAGCCUAGGGUGCUGGAAUCACUGAUUUCCCGACAGCGCAAUGCAUGUUGGUACUGGUACUUAGCGCGGGUGCUACUGUAAAUAGUCACUGUUGCUUAACGUUAUUGCAUUGACCUUGGACCCACAAGCACAAAGGAAUAAAACCUGGAGACCUCUGGCAAUGCUGGAAUGACAACUUUGGAAUAAUUUGUUUACUUCCUUCCAAGCAAAGAGUCGUCUUCAGAGUUAGCAGGCUGGGGCUAUCCAAACUCAUGCUAUUGCUGCUGGCAAGGAGAUUAGGGAUUACCCAGUUGGAAGGCUACCUAGGCUUUAAAUUUAUUUGCAGUGAAGGCUGCUGUGGAUGUCAGCCAAUAUUAUUGUAUUUUAAAGACAAAGGGCUUUAGUGUAGUUUUUAACUAUAUGCUCUCCCUUUGCUGCUAUAUAGAGCCUUAUGAUAUGUUGUACCCUGAUGCUUCCCCUUCCAGCAGUUUCCUUGUUGGUGUGCACAGAUAGGUGUCUGCAAUUUCUCUGCUAGUGACAAAGUACUUUGCCUUUUUUCUUCGGAAAGGGAUUUUCCUCAUCUCUCCAUUUUCCUGCUUCAGCUCACACAUAGGUGGAAGAAGCUGGUGCAAAUUGCAGAAGGGGACAGACAAGUCCUCGCUGCAGGCCAGGGUUUGAUGCUGUCCUGGCUACUCCAUACCUGGACAGCAGCACAAGGCAGUCCCAGCUUUGUCAGAUCGUACCCUGCACCCACAGGGUACCAGCCCACCUUGCAGCUUCUGUGUACCCUACACCAGGCUUUCAGAGGGGAAUGCAGGACUGGGAGAGACCACCCUGGGUAGAGCUGGGUACCUGAAAGCACCCUGUUUGUGCCACAGCCCCUUCAAGUGGUCAUCAGACACAGGGAGUGGAAAGAUGAGGUUGAAAUUAUUUUGCUGCUUCAUGGCUGCUCUUGCCAGGGCAGUAUUGUGGAUCUGCAGAGAAUGCUGACUCACCUGUUAUUGAACACUCUCGGUUUUAAUCUCAAGUUGGAUUCUGGCCCACUGGGUGAGCUUGGGAAGGUCUCUCCCAUUCUGACUCACCCUUCCCCUUUAUGCAGCAGUACAACCAAACCAGCCCUGCUGCAGAGCACCUAGGGAGGUAAUUUUGAGGGCCAGUUGAAAAUUGUGUGUUGCUGUUUAUUUUUGUUGUGCCUGGCACAGGGCAGCCUUACUGACAGAUGUAAUUCUUAAUGCAUAAAGAAACAUCAAGAUAAUGCAAAGCCUGUUUAGAAAUGCACUGCUUUUUCAAGCCCAAGUAGUCUUAGGGCCACACAUCAGAAAAAUUACCACCUGAGUGGAUUUGUGCUCUGCCAGACUUCCCAAGGGGUCCAAGUCAAUCAAUCUAGUUUAUGGAGCUGCCAGUUCAGUGGGCAGGGCAGGAGGUCAUCAAAGAGAAAAGGACCUUAGCAGGCACCAUAUGACUUGCCUCCACUCUGAGGACCACUGUGCAACAGCUUUCCUGGUGCAAUGCUCACCGCUGGCUGUUACAAAGACAUUACAAAGACAUUGUUAGAUGCUGGGAGGUGUUGGAGCAAAUCAAUCCUUGCAGCCUGGCAGCAAAGCCAGAUGGGAACUGCUACCACAUUGGAAAGAAUCAAUCAUAGGGUGAAGGCAACCUUAAAGAUCUUCAAGUUUCAACCCACUGCAUGGGCAAGGACACUGCCCAGGGUUCUCAAAAGAUGUAGUAAUAGAUGUAGUCUGCCACUGAGAAUGGCCAGUCUGUGCUAGAAGUCAGGAGGUUAACUGCUAACCCUGGCAAUAUUGCUAAAAACUGCAGCAUCAUGAAUAGAAGCCAUCAGUGCUUGUGAAGUGCUGGGUCUUUAGAGGGUAUGCCUGAUUACUACUAUGGAACAAAAGUUUGGUCCUCCUCCUGUAGAAGGGAGAUGCCUUCUGCUGCUGGAGCCAUAGUGGUGUGGUGCAGCAUGCUAUGUUAGGAGACAUCGUGUAGACAGGUGCACGAUAGUGCUUAUGGGGAGGGGUUGUUUGAAUUAAUCAAGUGUGGUAGACCAGCAGCUCAUGGAGGGGAAACAUAUCCAGCAGAACCCUGCAGCUGCUCAUCAUGCUCUGUUAAAAUAAACAAGCAGAAGAGAGAAAAGAAAUUAAUUUGGGGAAUGCUGAAUGCACAUUGAGAGGAAAACUUGUCCUGACUUAGAUAACAGUGUUAGGCAGCAUGCAUCAGAAACAAACAAAUACACAAAAAAUAUGUGCAGAUUUGUAAAUGGGCCCUGCUUGGCUGUCAGGGCAGGAUUAUCUGGAUAAGUUUUUAGAAGGCAAGCUGCAUCAUGCCAAGGAAACUUCUUGUGAUUAUGGAGUGCAAUGCUUUAAAGGCAAAGAGGUGACAUUUACAUUUUUAUUCCUGGCUUUUAAAAUAUUCUGGUUGCUAUAGGCUGCAGGUAAACUGCUGAUCUCAAAAAUAAAUUAACUGCUGUAAAAUGCUUUUCCCAGCUUUGACACAGAAACUGGAUAAUUCCUCUUCAUAACCAUUGCAGAGGAUAUAAUUUGAAGCAGUAGGAAAAGUCAAAAAGUGAACUGUGAAAGUGAUAUUUUUGUCAUUAUUUAUUCUCUAUUUCCAUGUGUACUUGUAAACAAAGGAGGGCAUAUUUUUUAAAGCCUUGUCUGGGUUCAGCAAAUGCAAUUUUUCACUGCAUUUUUCAGUCAUUGUACAUUGGUUGGGUUUGACACACUGUAGGUGAGAAUGCUGAGGCACGCAGAUUACUUUACUAUAAAAUUGUCAAGUUCUGCUCAAGUUUCAGGUAACAAUUUGCUCCAUUCCUUUACAGAUACUAGGCAUCCUGGGUAUGUGCGAAAAUGCACACCUUGAAGGCUGACAGAAAAGGUAAUAUUGUUGCAAAGGCCUGAGGCUCCUGGACUUCCCUGGGAAUAGGAUCAUUACUAAGCAGUACUGCAAUUUGCUUCCUCCCACCCCAAUCCUAUUGUAAAGUUGGGGAGGUUGUUCUCAGGAGGCCUCAGAGGUGCAUCUUCCUGUAUGGCACCACUGAAAUUCUGGCCAAAGAAUUUUGCCUUUCUUUGCUGAAAUGUUUGCCUUUAGCAGAGAUCAGUGCUCAGCGACUCAGGAGCUACUAUUGCAAUGAAGGAUUCUCUGCUGGUUUCCAGCCUUCCCCCUGGACCCACCAUGCUCCUGAACCUGCUCAGGGCAAGCAGGAGUUACAGCAGACCACCCUGAGCUUGUAUAUGUGCAAGCCAGCAUUUGUGUCAGUGAUUCAGGGAGGUAUCAUCCUUCCUUGUCAUCCUCGCUGCUGCAGCAUGCAGCUAUCGCUUAGGCAGAACCUCUGCCUGCAUAUUGAGCAGGGGGAUGCAAAGGAAGAAGGGUGGGGCCAAUGGCUCCCUGCAUCUCCACUCUUAGGAUGCAGACAGAGGGCCUGAAGGGACACAUGCUGCACAGAAGCAUUGGUGGUUGCUCACCCUUUAUGGGCUGGAUCAUCUCCUCUCCACAGCGGAAGAGGCAGAGGAGGACUUCACCUGACACCAGAGUGGUGAGUGAGGACAAAAUUAUCUUCAUGUCUCCCCACUCAGCCACCAGGGCAGGUGAGAUACUCUCCCAAAGCCAAAACCUCGUUCUCUAUGAUUCAGCAAGAUGCAGGGGUCUAGUUAAGCUGUUUUUUCUUCAGUAGCAGCUCCAAAAUAGACUACCUGGGCUGUCUGUGUGUUUUUAUGUGUCUUGCAGAUAAAUCACGCAUGGACCAGUGAACAUGACUACAGCUUUUAAAUCCCGUAUUUUUGUUGUCUUUAAUUGAUGAACAGAGAUAAGUCGGCCAGCAGAGUGAUUAAUGCAGUGGAGCUGUGGGGGAGCACUGUUCAGCUGUGACGCCAACUCAGACUGUUUUUCAUCUGUAGCCAGCCACUUGUAAAUGGUUAUACGAAGCUUUCUAAGGGCUUGUAACAGUUCAUCCCUUAAGUGCUUUCCCUCUGAUCCUUCCUACUCCCAAGAUGUUGUCUAUCCAAGUUUGGAGGCUGCCCUGUAGAGUGGUGCUCAGUGCAGCCCUGCUUUGAGCAGGGGUUUGGCCUAGCAGACCUUGAGACUGGAAUUGUUUGACUUUUCACAGCUCCAGUGCCUUUUGGUAACAAGGCUGGUUGUUCUUCUGCCUGAAAUAGCUGAUAUUUUUCUCUGAUAGGGGAGUGAGGUUCUUGCUUGAUAGAGUAGCUCUUCAGUGAGGUGGUGGUUGGGGCAGUGGAGAAAGUCAAAAGUGGCAGGGGUUUCACUGGGCUUCUGAGGCAUUGUAUGGCAAUGUUCUUGAAAGCAGGGCAGGCUUUUCUCUGCAGAUGGCGUACAACUUACUGUGUCUGCAUUCUCCAUCCCUAAAUCAAUUUUGCCUUAUCACAGUCUGACAGCUCCUCCUUCUCUGUCAAGCUGCUUCUGUCUGUCAUCUUAGCACCUCAGCUGCUUCUGUGUAACAGGUCACUUUCCUUCCAUGCUUGCAGAAAUCCAGACAAUGUGACUGUCCCAUCUUGCCUUGAGAAAACCUGCUCUGAUGCACUGCUGCAUUGUGUGGAUAACUCUGUGAACAGCUUUUUCAUUUUGUGUUUCCCAGCCACAGUUAUAACUGGGAAGUGUGAGACAGAGUUUUAGACUGUCAUGAUCCUCUAGCAUUAUGCAGCAGGGAUGCAAGGUCCUCCCUCCAACACUCAGACCAGACACUUCUGACAUUCCAAGUCCCCUUCCCAGAGGUCUCAGAGGCAGAGGCAACCCAUGCUGUGGGGAAGCUUUGAAACACUGUUUUGCUAUGAGUUGGGUACUUUUCAAAUCAAGCCAUGUAUUUUGCAGCCUUCUGGGAAGCUGUAUAUAAAAAAAAAAAUUAGUGCUGUUUUCAACCAGUGUCCCGCAGGCAAGGAGAGAUGGUAUACUAGUUGUUGGAAACACCAUCUCCUGCAGAGGCGAAGGCCAAGAACACACCUCAUCUCAAGCAGUCUUCCAGCUUUCUGCCUGUUUAAAUCUUCCUGAGUAUUGCUCUCCCCAGACUCUGGCACAUCACAUCUGCUCUGAGAGGGGAGUUGUAAAGUCCACAUUUCUCCACAGAGCAUGACCAGAGCUCCCCAGUUUGUGCUCCCAGCAUCUGAUAGCUAGGCUGCCUAGAGCAGUAAGCCAAAGAAGCUGUCUUAGAAAUUUCUUUGAAAGAGUUAGUCUGCAGCUUGUGCUUUUCAGAGGGUAUUUUUAGUACAUAUAGAAGCAGCAUGCCUGGCCUCUCCUCUUUUGUCUCCCAGAGCUCUCCUAGCACCACAGGUGCAGUAUACUGAGCUGCUUCACUGCAUGGGACUGGAACAUUUGCUCCAGCAAAAAGAGGCUUUGUCAGUCUCCAAGAAAGAAGAUUAUUAUAGGUAUGGGUUACUUUUGGGGAGAUUGUGAUUGGACUCAUGGCAAAAGUUUUUCACCAUGGGAACAAUUAGACACUGGAAUAGUCUCCCAAGGGAAGCUGUGGACUCCUCUACAUUGGACACUUUAAAGACUCAGCUUGACAGGGUGCUGGGGCACCUAAUUUAAACUAUAUUUAACAAAGAAAGGUUGGACUGGGUGAUCUUUGAGGUCCUAGAGAUUACCUAGAAUUGCUGGCUUCUUUUUCCACCUACACUCUGCUGCUGGAGGAGCUGCCCCUACCACCUGCUGCUUUUCUCCCUUGCAACAGCAGCACCCUCAUCCGGGGUGCCUCAGUCCCAUUGUUAAGAGAUUGUUUUAAGUAAGAGCAAGGAAGACAGGUCCUGGGGAAAUGUGUCCAUAUGCUAUGUGGGUGUGGGCAACAUUGAGCUGAACAGUGAAAGGAGGCAGGGCCAGCUCUUCCUGAGAGAAAGUACCUCACUCAUCCAUUUUGUUAGCUGUGUUGAGGCUGCAUUUUAAUUAUUUGUUAGAGCACUUCUCUUAGCAAAUGCAAGCUAUGGCUUUCCCAAAAGACCACCACUGACCUAACUUUGGUCCUGUAGUCAGAAGGAAAAAAAUUUAGGACAGCCCAAAGCAUACUUUGUCUUCCCCUUUGAACAAUGAACUACUCCGUAUAAAACAUAAAUGUCUAAACAGUGAAGGACUUCCCCUGGUAUCUGCUGUUAAAUCUGUGCCACGAAUCAGCUGAGGUACAGGCCAGAGAUUUAUUUGGACGAAGAAAAAGUUCAUCAUUUAGCACUUUCAAUCCUUGCAAUGCUACUACCUAGAAGAGCGAGAUUUUUCUCUGAUGUAAACCGCUGUAAUUAGUAGCCACUCUGUAGUGGUGGUCCUGUAUGUGACUCACCUACAUGAGACCAGCACAUCUCUUUGUUUGAGCCGGGGAGAUUUGAGCUUUGCCUUGGGUUUCAGCUUCACCUCGGGGGGAUGUUUGGUGCAAAAUCCUCUGAGUUCCCUGAGCCUCUUGCUGGGAGGGGGACAGUCAUUGAUGUCCAGUUGGUACUACUGCAUAGGGCAAACACUACUGGUGAUACAAGUCUUAAAUCACUUGCACACUUACGAAAACAUGCUCAGUGCUGUCAAAUUCUGAAAGACUAUAGGAUGAGAACAGGGGUGGAUUGUGUGAGGUUGGAUAAAGAAACAGCUUUUUGGCAGUUUGGAAACUUUAAAAUCACUACUCUUUGCGUGAAUCUAAGGUUUACAUUACUUGAUGAAUGUGUUUAAGUGAUGCCUAUAGAUGUGUGUAUGUAUUUCAUAGGUAUAUUAGGGCUUCUGUGACUCAGCACUCCAAAGCCUGUGGUUCUUUCCUAAGGCUUAAUUUGGUCAAAGCACUUCAGCAGCUGCAAACUUUGUUAGUAUGCUUGUUCUAGUUUUUCUCAAAUUAGGUUAAACAGUCAUCAGGGCUUUCACAGACUUAGGGUAUCCCUUGAGCUGCCUUGAUCUCCAUGUGUUUGUCUGCCAGGGCCUGUCUGUUGGUCUGCAUGUGGAAAGCAAAGAGAUACAUUAAGAGUCCAAGCAAGGGUUACUGACUGGGAUUUUCUGCUAGCUCAACACUGGGCUAACUCUCUCUUUGUUGAUAUCAGCCAGUGCCUGCAUUGGAAGCAGCUGUGGUGACUUCUUCUGAAAACCACACUCUGAGGAUCUAUUACACAGCUUUACUUCAGAAAAUCUUGACCUUUCUCUGUGAAAAUUCAGCAAGGGGACGUCAUGUCCAAAACUGUCCAAGCAGGGCAGGUGCCUGUGUUGUCUCCUGCAGAUACAGCUGUCUGGCAUUAGUCAGGGUUUCUUUCUGCAUCUGUACAUAUUUAGAGGAGAAUAUCUGGCUCAUCAGCAUGGAACAAGAGCAGCAGGGCUGAAAAAUCUCUCGUGGGCAUCUUGUAUGCCUCCCAGAGGUUUCCCUUGGGAGGUAUUAACAAUCUUUUAAAAAGUGGCUGGUAUCAGUAUACUAAGACUUAAGGAAACCCAGUAGGUUUUCUUGUUCCACUCUUGUCAGAACAAUACUAGCAUUAUCUGCAUUAUACCUGGAAAAUGACUGUAAAGCCUGAGGGUGGGAUUGUUACCUAGAGUCAUAAAACUCUUCUCGUGCAGCUACCUUGAAGCCCUUGAGUAAGGUCUGUGAAGCCACUUCUUUGUGCUUAACUAGACCAUGGCCAGAGCAUGUCUGGGGGUAUAUGAGCAGACUGCAACUCAGGAUAAAGAGGGACAUCCCAAUUACCCUCCACUGGGCAAGCUGUAAUCCUUUUUAAGGCACUGAGCUUCUCCCUUGGGAUAGUGCUGUUGAUCUUAGAGCUGAAACUAGGAAGUGUCAUUUUCCCUCUACCUGAGCUGUUGCAGAGCUGUUUUCCCUUAGGCCAAGAAAGAGGACUGAAUUAUCAGUUAUUGUUGUGUGGUACCCAUAUGGGAAGAGUAACUCUCUGCAGUUGUAGUACAGAAAAAAUACUCUGUGCAUGUGCAUACACACAACGCCCUGUGCAUCUCUUGCAUGCAGAAAUGACCUGACAGGGCCGGACAGCAGUCCUUGCACGACCUUUCCUCUGGGUGGCGUCCUAUCCCUUUUGCUAAGCACAGGAACCUUCUUUCUGGUAACCUUCAACACAGUUUACUCAUCACUGAACUGCUAGAGUGUUUUUCAUCCAACACACUAGAGACUCAGUCCCAGUCUCGCUGGCUUGUUGUAAUUUCUUGAUCUGCUGUGAAACAGCAUUGAGAUGAUCACUGAAUCUUUUCAGCAGCAUGAAAUUUGCUGCUCUGACUCUUGGAGCAGUCACUGUCUCAGGCUUGAGACUGUCCUGCCAUCAGGAAUGUUUUGUCCCUGGGAAUACGUAUGACCAGAAAAGCAUACUCCUCAGAGGCCAGAGUCAGAGCUGUCUAGACUUAAGUCACCCUGGUUCAUAGGAGGUGUUUCUACAUGCUGCUGAUGUCCAUAAGGACAUAUAUUUGCUUGCACAGAGAUGCCAUCCUGAAGCAGAGUUGUUGCUCUUCUACAGAUACCACAGGAUGUUCUCCCUUAUUCUCUUUUAUGUAACUGGUACUAGAAUGAUAAUUUCCUGAUAAAUGAAGGCACUUAAUCAGUCCUCUUCCCCUUGGAAGAAGGACUUUUGGGGAUAUUGUUAUAUCAUUUAAAAUAAUAUUUUGGAAUUUAAGUUUACAUUGCUUUAUUUUUCACUUGAGCUGACUGUAUAUAAAUAUUUUCCUCUAUUUUAUCAUUGCUGAUAAAGUAAGCUGAUGGUAUACAGACACAUAAUUUGCCUUUGAUGUAUUGAAACUGUGAGAAAUAAAGUAGACUUCUCUCUUGUGUCAAUGUUCCUGACUAUAAUUCUGUUCCUCUGUGUUUUUCUAAGUUGGAAUAAAUGUUGCUUACAGGCAACAGAAAGCCUGCAAGCUUCCCAAUAAUUUUUAUGUAAUUGAAAUCAAGCAACCCUAGUGAAGGAUCUCACAUAUGUGUAAUGAUAUAUGUAUAUGUACAAACUUUAGAAAGAAAUAAACCAAAUGUAUUUCA